AUGAGCCAAGUAUCUGCAAUGUCCGAUUUAAAAUCUAUUAAAAAACGUAGAAUUUGUACAGAAUCUAAAAAAGAAGUAUCUGGAGCAGAUCGUGAAGUAAUUAUUGAUCUUUCAAAAUUAGGUUGUUUUUCAACACGUGAAAUUGGAGAAAUAGUUGGUGUUGAAUCUUCUACAGUAUCUAAAACUGUAAAAAGAAAAAGAGAAACUGGGAUAUUAAAGAUAGAAAAAGAUCAGGAUCAUUUGAACUGGACUGCCGAAGAUUGGAAAAGAGUAGUCUUUUCAGAUGAAGUUAAAUUUAUACGUUUUGGAUCUAAUUUUCGUAAAUUUUAUUGGAUCCGACCAGGAGAUCCAAUAGUAGAUGAUUAUAUUGAUUCAACAAUGAAAUAUAGAGGUGGUGGUGUAAUAGUUUGGGGUUGCAUUACCUCUCGUGGUGUUGGCAGCUUAUGUCAAAUUAAAAAUACUUUAAAUGCAGAAGGAUAUCGAGUAAUUUUAGCUAGAGAUCUUUUUGGAACAUUAUUACAGCAUGAUUUAGAAGUUAAUGAUAUAAUCUUUCAACAUGAUGGUGAUUCAAAACAUAGAGCAACAGAUACCAAAAAUUGGCUCCAUUAUAGAAAUCUCAAAACUUUUGAUUGGCCUCCAUAUUCUCCUGAUUUAAAUAUAAUAGAAAAUAUUUGGUAUAUAAUAAAACAACGUUUAGAAAAACUUUAUGAACGAGAACCAGCUAAAGAUUUAAAUCAGCUAUGA